GAGAACCCGUUUUGAGAAAUUACCGUUCAUCGGCCGUCAUUUUCACUUUGCGUCUGUCAUUGCGAAAACCCAUCUCAAAAGAUUUGAUUUUGGAAAGUUGCCCCUCAUCCCGUGGCCCAAACCCUCCAGUAGAACUAGACCGAUCGUACGUCGCAAGUAACAAGAGAGGCAGAGAGAGUUUAGCUCAGAGCCCUCCCCCGCCGGAGCACCUGUAAGAACUCGCUGGAGAAGACGACAAAGCCCUAGACAUCGCCGCCGUGAGAGUUACAGCGACCUCAAAAGGGCUUAGGAGAUGGAGAAAGUGAAGAUAGAAGAGAUUCAGUCCACCGCUAAGAAGCAGCGGAUCGCCACUCACACCCAUAUCAAAGGCCUUGGUCUCGAGCCCACUGGAAUUCCCAUUCCUUUGGCUGCUGGAUUUGUGGGUCAGCUGGAGGCUAGAGAAGCAGCUGGUCUCGUAGUGGACAUGAUAAAGCAGAAGAAAAUGGCGGGCAAGGCUCUCUUGCUCGCUGGACCACCUGGUACCGGCAAAACAGCUUUGGCUCUUGGGAUAUCACAAGAGCUGGGAAGCAAAGUUCCCUUUUGCCCUAUGGUGGGGUCUGAGGUUUACUCGUCAGAGGUAAAGAAAACUGAAGUUCUGAUGGAGAAUUUCAGACGAGCCAUUGGCCUACGUAUCAAGGAAACUAAAGAAGUCUAUGAAGGGGAGGUCACCGAGCUCUCCCCAGAAGAAACCGAGAGUGCUACAGGGGGCUACGGUAAAAGCAUCAGUCAUGUUAUAAUUGGGCUGAAGACAGUCAAAGGAACCAAACAAUUGAAGUUGGAUCCCACUAUAUAUGAUGCCUUGAUCAAGGAAAAGGUAGCUGUUGGAGAUGUUAUAUACAUUGAAGCGAAUAGUGGAGCAGUCAAACGGGUUGGGAGAAGUGAUGCUUUUGCCACUGAAUUUGACCUAGAGGCAGAAGAGUAUGUUCCACUUCCUAAAGGAGAGGUUCACAAGAAAAAGGAGAUAGUGCAGGAUGUCACACUCCAUGAUCUGGAUGCAGCAAAUGCUCGACCUCAGGGAGGUCAAGACAUACUUUCUCUGAUGGGUCAAAUGAUGAAACCCCGGAAAACAGAGAUCACCGAUAAGCUUCGUCAAGAAAUUAAUAAGGUUGUGAACCGUUAUAUCGAUGAAGGUGUAGCAGAGCUUGUCCCUGGAGUUCUAUUUAUUGAUGAGGUGCAUAUGCUCGAUAUGGAGUGCUUUUCAUACUUGAACCGUGCUUUGGAGAGCUCGUUGUCUCCAAUUGUGAUAUUUGCAACAAAUAGAGGAGUAUGCAACGUAAGAGGGACUGAUAUGAACAGUCCCCAUGGAAUACCUGUAGACCUUCUGGAUCGGCUAGUUAUAAUCCGGACCCAGAUUUAUAAUCCCUCGGAGAUGAUACAGAUUAUAGCAAUCCGUGCACAAGUUGAAGAAUUGAUUGUAGAUGAAGAAUGUUUGGCAUUCCUUGGGGAAAUCGGACAACGAACAUCACUAAGGCAUUCAGUUCAGCUCUUGUCUCCUGCCAGCAUUGUGGCAAAAAUGAACGGCCGUGACCAUAUUUGCAAGGCUGAUCUUGAGGAAGUGACGGCGCUCUAUCUAGACGCAAAGUCGUCAGCAAGGGUCCUGCAAGAGCAAGAAGACAAAUACAUCUCGUGAGAAAAUCCCCGCUUUCAAAAGAUAGCCUUUUUCACCGUUAGCUGCCGAAUCCGACGAGGUUGCUUCUCGUUUUUUCCUAUUGCGGAUAGCCUAAUGAAUUCAAGCGAUUGGUUUCGGUGUAAUAUUCGGUUUUCUCAUUUGGGUGAUGACGAAAACUUGGUUAUUGAGAUUGAAAAGUUAAUGUACGGAGGAGAGGAUUCAGAUGGGUUUUGAUCAAUCUUGGCUCAA